AUGCCUGGCGUUGGAUUACUGUUUGGGCCCAUGCUUAUUGGGGUGUACCUCAACACAAUCCUUUACGGGGUUCUUGUUGUGCAGACAUUCAUCUACUACCAGACAUACAAGAAUGAUAAGCCAUGGAUCAGAUACCUGAUCCUCUACUUGUUCAUCUUGGAGACUUUGAACACUGGUUUUGAUAUCGGAAUGAUGUACGAACCGCUCAUUGUACGCUAUGCAACACCUCGGGCGACGAUUGUGGCUCCCAUAAUGCUAUCCGCAGACCCCAUUGCGACGGUGAUGAUAUCCACACCCGUUCAAUUGUUCAUCGCGUGGCGGAUCAACAUAAUCACCAAGUCCAAGCUGACAGCAGGCAUCGUUUCCUUCUUCUCGAUCUGCGCAUUCAUCGGCGGGAUCGCUACGACAAUCUCCGUAACACUUAUUCCUGAGUAUGCAAGACUUCACGAGUUCGACGGGGCCGUAAUUACGUGGCUUGCCUCGUCCGCUGCCGCUGACAUUGUCAUUACUAGCAGCCUUGUAAUAUCCCUGUAUCGCAGGAAGAGCGGUGUCCGAGCCACUGAUGAUGUGAUCAAUAGGAUCAUACGCUUGUCUGUCCAAACUGGCAUGAUUACAGCUAUCUCUGCUGCGGCUGAUGUUAUCAUCUUCCUAGUCGUUCCUAACACCACUCUGUAUGCCAAUGUUGUGUUCUACCAGACUACUCGAGACUGA